UCACGCCAUCUCAUUCUCGUCUGCCUUUGUAGGCUCCGAGAAGCUCAACCAGCAGUCCGGCGGUGAAUCGCGUUCGCUGCUUCGUGAUAUUCGCCGACUUCAAGACACUUCAACUAGAUGGUGUGUAUCAAUAAAUUUCACCAAUUGCUUCGGAAUAAAACAUCCAAAUAAGAAAACCCAAUUGAGGCGGGCGAUUCUUAUAAUUGGAAUCAGAAUUGAAAUGGUUGCCUUUUUGUCAGCAUACGCAGCCCAAAAUCGAGCCAUGGCCCGAUUGUAAGGGUCAGAGGGGAGGAUCGAAGGAGCAGAGGGCCAGACCUCGUCAGUAUAGUGAAGGAUGAUUAAUAAUUCAGCAAUGGGGUUGUUGGCGUGAAUGAGAACAGGGACUUUUUUUUUGUGAACUGGCAAAGGAGACAUGUUUCUUGAUGCUAAACAUUUUUCAUAAUUUGAUGGGGUUGUUGGCGUGAAUCGCCUUCAUUUUCUGAAAAGUGGAAAAGGAGGAAGAAGUUGGCUUUUGGCUCAGAAUUUUUUCUGAUGUUGAAGGCGAUUCUAACCCUUAUCACAAAUGGACUAGCUCAGGAACCCAAAAGCCUCGUCCUCCUUUGGCAGUUUUCAGAAAAUGAAGCUAUCGCCGACGAGAAUGGGGUGAAAAGUCGUGAUAGUACAGUUCCACAUUAUCUGUACGCAUGGAUAUGUCACGUUAAAUUUCUAUUAAAUCUAAUCUAAUUUUUAAGACUAGAUUACUAUCCAUUUAAAAAUAUAGAAAUUGGACUACAUCAUUACUUCCAUCAAAGUUGUAAAUUAAACUAUUAUAUAGAAGUGCAGGGAGCCGAGAAAGCACAGAGCAUCAAUAGCAGACCGCGACGCUUAGCAAUAGCUUGGCAGGCCAUAGCCAUAUGGUUAUGCUUCACUUUCUUUUUUCUUUCUUCCCAUGAUCGGCACAGCUGCUCUCAAACCAUUCAUAUUUCAUAACUUAAUCAUUUUCAAGAGAUCUCUGAAUACAACCGCCAUCUCCAGCCCCACGCCCCCUUUAAGAGUCCCACUUAAUUCUCUACAAUGUGGAGCCAUUUUGCAAUCCCUCACCAACAAAAAAUCAUCUGCAGAAGGCCGGAAACUACAUGGCUAUAUGCUCACAUGUGGGAAUCUCCAGGACAAUGCCUAUCUCAAUUCCAAACUUGCUGCGUUUUAUGCCGGUUGCGGUCGAAUGGUAGAAGCCCAGGUGAUAUUCGAUGGGGUUGUUUUGAAAAAUUCCUUCCUAUGGAAUUUUAUGAUUAGAGGCUACGCUUCUGAUGGUACUAAUGCUUACAAGGCCCUUGCCCUGUAUCGCAAAAUGGUAACCUUAGGAUUCAAGGCGGACAAUUUUACAUUCCCUUUUGUUCUUAAGGCGUGUGGUGAUUUGGGUCUUACUGAAAUGGGAAAGAAAAUUCAUGGUCGGGUGGAGGUUUGUGGGUGGGAAUCUGAUAUUUAUGUCAACAACUCUCUUAUAGCGAUGUAUGUGAAGUUUGGGAACAUGGGUGAUGCAAGGAAGGUGUUUGAUAAAAUGCCUGAGAGGGAUUUAACUUCUUGGAACACUAUGAUUUCAGGUUACGUGAGGAAUAACAAUGCAAUGGAUGCUUUAAUGAUUUUUUAUCGAAUGGGGAAGGCUGGGUCGAAAGCAGAUGGGACUACUUUGCUUGCGCUCCUCUCUGUUUGUGCUGAUCUGGCUGCCAUUAAACAGGGGAAGGAGAUCCAUUGUUAUGCUGUACGUAAUAAUUAUUUUACUUCUAAUGAGUUCCUGAUGAACUCGCUGAUUGAUAUGUACUCAAAUUGCAAUUCUACUGCUGGUGCUAGGCUGUUAUUCGAGGAGUUGAAGAUAAAAGAUACUGUAUCAUGGAAUUCUAUAAUUUCAGGUUAUCAACUAAGUGGAGAUGCUUUUGAAAGUUUAAGACUUUUCUGCCAAAUGUUCGUCGAAAGAACAGCGGCUCCCGAUGAGAUAACUAUCGUAGCUGUCCUUGGAGCUUGUGAAAAGAUUACAGCCUUGCAAUUUGGCAAGUCCGUCCAUUCAUAUUUUGCUAAAAUAGGUUUUUUCUUAAAUUCAUUUUUGGGAACUGCCCUUAUAGACAUGUAUGCUAAAUGUGGAGAAUUAUCUUGCUCACACCAUGUCUUUUGUGAGAUGACUCAGAAGAAUAUGGUUGCUUGGAGUGCUCUGAUUGCAGCUUAUGGAAUUCAUGGAAGGGGAAAAGAGGCUAUAUCCAUUUUUAAUAAAAUGACAGCAAAUGGCAUUGUUCCCGAUGAGGGUAUUCUAACUUCUGUCCUGUCAGCAUGUAGCCAUUCAGGCCUACUAAAUGAAACAUAUGAACUGAUAAAGCAUAUGGAAGUAGAACCACCAGCCGAAAUAUGGGCUGCACUUCUUUCUGCUUGCAGGCUUCAUCGAAAUGUCGAGUUGGCAGAAAUUUCAGCACAAAAUAUUUUCAGAACAAACCCAACAAGGGUUAGUAGCUAUAUUUGUCUUUCCAAUAUUUAUGCUGCUAAGAAACAAUGGACUGAUGUGGAGAAGGUGAGAGCUACAAUGAGGAGACAUGGACUGAAAAAACCAGCAGGGUACAGCUUAAUUGAGCUUGACAGCCAGGUUCAUAUGUUCUUUGUUGGAGAUAGGUCACACCAACAGACAAAAGAUAUAUAUGCCAAACUAAAGGAUAUCAGUUGGCGACUCAAGGAGGAAGGGCACAAGCCUGAUACUAGUUCAGUUUUAUAUGAUGUUGAUGAAGAACAGAAGGAGAAGAUGCUUUGGGAUCAUAGUGAGCGAUUGGCAAUUGCUUUUGCUCUUUUAAAUACCCCUCCAGGGACCAAAAUUAGGAUAACCAAGAAUCUUCGGGUAUGUGCAGAUUGCCACACGGUAACAAAAUUAAUAUCGAAACUCAUGGAUCGAGAAAUUAUCAUGCGUGAUAACCACAGGUUUCACCAUUUUAUAGAUGGAAUCUGUUCUUGUGGUGAUUUUUGGUAAUUACUAUUCAAUUUUGUAUAAUAACAAGAGGUAUGAUAUUCCUUAUGCAUGAAUUUAUGGGAACCUUUUGUAUUUGGCAAUGUGCACUUCUACUUGGUUGUUAUUUACCUUAAAUAUGUACAGGAUUUCGUUAUAGAAAUCAACGAAAAGGACCACCAAUUGGCAUAAAAAUCCAAUGGUUCGUAAGAUUACAAUAACAUCAGUCAAGUUCGUUGGGGAGAAGCAGCCACAGUGGCCUAUAACUGGAACGGUUGGUACAUAUUGGAGACUGGAACAAUGAUUCAUUUUUCUUUAUACUUCCUUCCCUUAUGCUUGCUUUAUUGCUAAAUCAUAAGCUGGUACAAACUUUGCAGUAACCUCGUGUAUAGCAAUGUCUUUGUUUUUGUUUUGUUUUGUUUUUUUUCGUUUUGUUGUUGUUCACUUGGAAUAUGCACAGGAUUCGUUCAAGAUGUCCACAAAAGGACCACCAGUUAGCGUAUUGGUUUCCUUAUCCCAUGAUAAGGAUUUCCCUAUGGUUCGGUUUCUUUAUAG